AAAAUGAUGAGGAGAUUAAUUAUGGAAUUAUCUUUGAUAAUCGUGAUUGUUUGAUAGUUGAAAUUAUUUUUUUCUUUGAUAAUCAGGACUAAGUGAUUUUUGUUAACAUAUUUUGGUACUUUUCGUAGCAUCACUGCAGUAGUGUAUUGAAUUUCAAGGCCUUCUUAUCGGAACAUGAACCAUGCCGAAAUCGGACAAGAAAACCAAUUCAAAUUCGACUGAAAAUUCGCAACAGUCUGCAAAUUCUUCUAGUAAAAGGACAUCUAGAGCCAAAAAACAUAUUGAAAAUUCAGAUGAUAGUGACAUUGAGGUAGAUUUAUGUAAAGAUUGUAACUCAGAAAUAGGAAAUCAGGAUAAGGCCCUCCAAUGUGAUCUAUGUGAAAACUGGUUCUGCUAUGACUGUACACAAAUUAAUAGCAAAAUUUAUAGUGCACUGAAUAACAGUAAAAAUAAUGGAGUUCUCUGGAUCUGUAAGCACUGUAGAAUAAGUAUGCCAGGAUUCCACAAAUUAAGUAAGAGAUUAUCUGUUCUUGAAGAAACGUCGCUCAAAGUUGAAAAAAAACAUAAGGAUUUUGAAUUAAAAAUCAAGUCUUUAGAAGACAAACUGUCACAAGUCCUUGAGAAAAGACCUAAUGAAGUCAUAAAUAUUCAAGAAAAUGUAAAUGGUGGUUCUACUGGUUCAAUUUCUGAUGUUGUUAACCAGGUUUUAAAUGAACAAAAGGACCGUGAAUCAAGGAGGUUGAAUGUCAUUUGUUAUGGUCUUCCAGAAAGUGUCAAAGAAUCUCAAGAAGAACGAAAAAAUGAUGACAAUACCAGAAUAAGUAGUAUUUUAUCAGAAAUCAUGAAUCUGUCGGAGGUAUCUUUUUCAGAAACCGUGCGCUUGGGAAGGUAUGAUGGGGAGAAGACAAGGCCCACAAGAUUUUCUGUGAAUUCUAUUGAAACGAAACAAAAAAUUUUAGAAAGGGCUAGAGUAAACGUGAGGAAUUCUUCAGUUGAUUUAUGUAAGAAUCUAUAUUUUCAAAGUGAUCUCACUCUAAAGCAAAGGGAAGAAGCAUAUAAACUUAGAUGUGAACGUAGAAUGAAGAAAAAUGUAAAUGCUUCACAGUUAGCAGGUAACUCGGGAGGUACUUCUAGUACAUCUGGGUUUCCUUUUCGUUAGGAACUUUGAAAAAC